UGAUUUGAUUUGAAACCAGAGAAUUGGACAGUAAUACUAGGUAGCAUAUCUUUUGAGGAGUCUCAUUACUUUCAAUUGACUGUUGUGCAUAAAACACCACCGCCAAGAAUAAAACAAGAAAAGUGAAAGAGAAGAUCACACUUUUCAAAGCCUGUUGCUCUGGUCCUCAGUCUUUUCUCUUCUAUUAUUACACAAAGCUGGUGAUUACCCAGCAGAGACAAAACUCACCUUUGUUUUGCAUGCAGUUGCAUGCACCUUGAACAAACAUAAAACUCAAUAAAUUAAUGUUUCCCUAACUAAAUAUGAAUUUUAGGUUGCAUUGCAUUCAGCUUCUCAAUGGGUUCAGUUAGUUCUGGUCUCAACUUAUAUUGACAACUGUUCAAGUAUAAUAGAGAAGUGUGAAUCUGUGCUAUAGCUUUUAAGUGCUAGACAUCUUUCUAAUAUCUUCUGUACUCUGUUCUUUCUCUUUCUCUGCAACUCUACACCUUAGCUUUGCCAUAAAUAUUGUGAAGAAAAAUCUAAACAGUGCAGCUUUGCCUCUGCUGUCUCUUCUUUCCUUGCCUUGUUUAGAACCUUUGGAUCUUUCCUUGUUCAUACUCUUCAAGAAGCUGUGUUCUUAGAACCCAAGAAUUCUCUGACUCUGUUUUCAUCAUAUUUGGUUAAGAUUGUGAAGUUUCAAGUUUGUGUAGGAACAUGAAGAGUAUCAUAAAAUCAAGGGCCGCUUGCAUGGUUCUUGUUUUCAUUUUUCAUUUGAUUGUUGUUUGUAAUGGAGAAGAAGAUGAAACAAUGGGAGCUGUGAUGGAGAAAAGAGAGCAAGAAGCUCUGUACUUUGUCAUUCAAGGCUUUGUGGGUAAGUGGUGGAAUGGCUCAGAUCUCUAUCCUGAUCCUUGUGGCUGGACUCCUAUUCAGGGUGUUUCGUGUGAUAUAUUUGAUGAUGGCUAUUGGUUUGUCACGGAAUUGAACAUUGGUCUCAUUCAUGAAAAUUCUCCUAGUUGUGUCUUGAAUAUGGAAUUUAGCCCUCAUCUGUUUGCACUAAAGCACCUCAAGCGUCUAUCAUUUGUUAAAUGUAUGGUACACAGAAGCCAUCCUGUAACAAUCCCUACUGAGGAUUGGAGUGCACUUUCAGGCAGCUUAGAGUCACUAGAGUUUAGAUCAAACCCUGGGCUCAUAGGAGAAGUUCCGAUCAGUUUUGGUAGUCUCACUAGUCUUCAAUCUUUAGUGCUGCUGGAAAAUGAAAUUAGUGGUGAAUUACCAACGAAUUUGGGCAACUUGGUUAACUUGAAGCGCCUAGUGUUUUCAGGGAAUCGGUUUACAGGUCAAGUUCCAUUGAAUUUUGGGAGCUUCGGACAGCUAUUAAUCAUGGACUUGAGUCGGAAUUCAUUAUCAGGGAAUUUGCCUUUAACUUUUGGUGGGCUAAAUUCAUUGUUGAAGCUUGAUGUUAGCAACAAUGAGUUUGAGGGUGAUAUUCCAAAUGAAAUCGGAAACCUGAGGAAUCUAACCUUGUUGGACCUGAGCAGAAACAAAUUUGCAGGUGUUUUGACAAAGUCACUUCAACAACUGAGUUCUUUGAGAGAAUUGGUCUUGUCAAGAAAUCCGAUAAGCGGAAGCCUCAUGAAUCUUGAGUGGCAUAAUCUUCAAAGCCUGAUAAUCUUAGAUCUAUCCAGAAUGAUGUUGGAAGAUAGAGUUCCAGAGUCCAUUUCAGAGCUAAUGGGGCUCAGAUUUUUGGGACUUAAUGACAACAAUCUCACAGGCGAGCUCUCGCCAAAACUAGCAGAAAUGCCUAAUAUCACAGCAAUGUACCUUAACGGGAACAAUUUCACCGGCAAGCUUAUGCUCGCUGAAUCAUUUUAUGCAAAACUGGGAAGGCGUUUCGGGGCCUGGGACAAUCCAAAUCUUUGUUACACAUUUAAUUUCUCGUCAACCAGCCAUGUUCCUUUCGGGGUAAAACAAUGUCAAGGUCUGGUCAAUCUUUAUGCGACAAAAGCUGGUACAAGUUCCAAGUUGGAGGGGAAUGUGAAUGAGGUUCCCCUUUCAGUGGCUUCUGGGGAACACAGAAGGAAUGAGAUUUCGUAUGCUUAUGUGGUAAAUAUGAUGCUGCUGCUUUUGUUCAUGGCCUCUUCCAAGUAAACUAAGGUAUAGUAAUAUAGUUUAGAGUUUAGACCAGAAAAUUUGAUGUUUGGAAGUGAAAGCUUAACUUCUUCAAAUGUAAACUAAUUAUAGUGUAGUUUCUUUUAUA